AUGGACAAUAAGCGGAACUGCUUCCAUUACAUCGCCUUAACAGUCUGCUGGAGUCCGACAUUUAUUCUCGAGAGUCCAGUUGAAGCGCCUGAAGGAUGGUGGCGUUUGUCAAUGAAGUGGUUGUUUAAUUUGUCAUAUGAAGACAAACCUUCCUUUCGUUCACUCUGCCGUUCAAUGCUUGCGUGGAGGGCCGCCACAAGGCCAACAAGCUCUCUUAGCCGCCAUUUCCAAGCACCAAGACGACGUAUAAUACACAACGCGUCUUUCAGCGCCAGGCCAGCCGGUUUAGCUUCAAAAUUUCUGUUCAGGAAGGAUGGAACUCCGAGGUCUAAAGUCAAAGGUCUAGUCAUCGCCUUUUCAACGCUCACGUUGAUGUACGCCAUGCUGGACUUGAUCCACGAGUACGACCAAACGAACUACCUCUUAACGUGCCUCAUCCACAUCCAAAGAGCCGAUGGCGAUUUUGGUGCGGUGGAUCUCCUGGAGCCUUCCGCUGCCUUGUCGUACUUCCGAGAACUCUGCUCUUCAUUCACGGACGUUCCCCAAGACGUUAUUGACAACUUCUUUCAGGACGUGACGCGGCUCGUUCGGUCUGAAGGGGAGCCUGCUGUCAAGGCGCAUACAGUGCUGAGGGAGGUGUCGGAGAAGGUGCAUGAGAUUUUGGUGAAGAGCAAGGGUGCGGAGGUUUGGGAUACUGCGGUUGAUGUGGUUCGGACUUUGGAUAGGGCUAUUAUUGAUUUGGCGGAUUUGGUGGAGGAGGCGGUUGGAGGAGACGAUGAUGGAAAGUUUCUUAUGUAUCAGCGGAUAAAGGAGCAAAAGGCGAAGGACCCUGGAUCGAGGAGUAACGAUUGA